CCAAAAUCUAAUCCUGAGAGCUUUUUCAAUAAAGAUCAUUCAUUUGAGAGCCAUCAAUCUGGUGCCCCUAAUAUGAUUUGAAAUAUGGCGAAUUUCUCGACGACAUUUAAGGCUAAACAUCUCGGUGGGACCCAAGCUCCUAAAACCGUGCCCUGGUUAAGGAAGAACAUGAAAGACUCCUAAUUUCUUCAAUAUGAUUUUCCAGAACAUGUUCUUGCACUUUGUGGGUUCUCCUUGAUCAUCAAUUUUACCCACUUCUUUCUUCUGGAAGCCGUUAACGCCAUGAUCGUAGAGGAGCAUGAGAUACCCAAUGGAUGGCCGCUCGGCCUUGGGACUGUGAAUAGACUUAGAGUAGUGGAGAGCUUACCGGCUGCUGGAGUUGAGCCCCACUCUUCACACAUGCAAUCGGCCAGUUUUUCUUCAUUGUCAUCCUCCAACCUUGAUACUGAGUCCACAGCAUCCUUCUUUCAAGACCAUAGCGUGACGCUGGGGCGGCUAAUUGGACUUAGAACAGGUGAAAAAGGAGGCUUCUAUUUCCAAGACUCAAUCGGAGGUUUCGAAGAGCAGGAAAAUAUAUGUAAAAGGGAUGCACAAUCUGAGGUCUCUAGAGGACAAAGAGUGGAUAUGUCACAGGGAAUUUGCAUACCGCUGCUACUUGGUGCACUUGUAAAGAUGAGCCGAAGUAAGAGCAAGGCAAGAAAGUAAUGCUGGCUGGCACUGGCACUGGCACUGGCAAGGCAGCCAAUCACAUGUUUGUUUGUUUCUGACAUGAAAGGGGAACAAACUUCCACGACAUGGAACGAUGCUGUUAUUGAUUUGUAUGUAAAAAAUGAGAUUUCAGUGUAAUUUGACAAAGUUCAUAAUGAUUGACAAAGUUCAUAAUAA